ACCAUGGCGGAGUACAGCUCUCUGCUCAGCGACCUGUCCGACAACAUCACCAACGAAGACCUGGAGCAGCUCAAGUCGGCCUGCAAGGAGGACAUCCCCGAGGACCAGAGCAACGACAUCACCUCGUCCAAGGAGUGGUUCAGCUACCUGGAGAAGAACGACAAGCUGGCCCAGGAUAACCUGUCGUACAUCGAGCACAUCUUCGAGAUUUCGCGGCGGCCGGACCUGCUGACGAGGGUGAUCGAGUACCGCACCAUCGUGCUCAAGAUCUCUGAGGACGACGAGAUCGACACCAAGCUCACGCGCAUCCCCUCGGCCAAGAAAUACAAAGACAUCAUCCGCCAGCCCUCCGAAGAUGAGAUCAUCAAAUUGGCUCCUCCCCCUAAAAAGGUGUGAGGUCACGACCCGCAAACCCCUGAUCUUAGCGCCUUGAUUUCUACACACUCCCGGCUGCCCAAUCGACCCGUUUCUGACCCUAACCCCGUCACUCCCCCAGCUCAGCGCCCCCUCUCACACACACACGCACACGCACACACACACACACACACACGCACACACGCACACCAAGCAACGAAUCGGAUUGCAGCGAUGCAGCCUGAAGGGGGGCAGGAAGCUGCGUAGAAAGAGACAUGAGAAGAAGAAAUCUGGAGACGGAUCGACAGUGUGUGUGUGUGUGUGUCUGUGUGUGUGUGUGUGUGUGUGUGUGUGUGUGUGUGUGAAGGGGGAUCUCUGUUCGAUCUGUGAUGCUGUGCUUAUGCAACUGUGUGUGUGUGUUUGUGUGUCAGUGAAGUGCAUUAUAGUUGAGACCAUAACUACAUCCACCAAUCGUUUUCCUCGGUCUCUGAAUGUCCGGUAACCAUAGAAACAACAGGCCAGAUGUUUGAGCUGUGAUGCGUGACGACGGUUCAGCAGUGGUUUUCAAGUCAUUUUGGAUAUUCAAAAUAGACAAAAUGUCCAAACUGAUGGAAUGAAAAUUAUUUGGAGAUUGUGACGCAGAAACUAAACCAUGUAAUUACACAGUUUAUAUUGACCAAACAUAUUUUAAAACAAAACUUAAUUAAAGUUAAUACAUUAAUACACACAAAAGAAAACUGAAACUCACUUAAAUGAUUUUGGUUCUUUUUUUUAUUUUGGGUUUUUUUGUUUAGCUGCUGUAAUAGUGCGUUUGUAAUGUGAAAGGGACACUUUUUGGGGACAUUUGACGGCUGUCUUUUUAAAUAUGAAUCCAAGGAGCCAACAGAAGGUUAGCUGAGCGUAACAUAAAGACCGGACAGCUCGCCUUGAUUUAUUAAAUAAAGUUGAUGAAUUAGUCAGA